UGUUCAGACUUCAGUGUCUAUAUCUCGUCAGCUGUAUACUUCAAUGGAGAAACGGCCACCGCCGGAAACCAUACAAAUUCGGCUGCUCUGCCCAUCAGCAAAAACCGGCGCACUAAUAGGCAAAGGCGGCUCCGUUAUUCGGCAACUCCAGUCUCUAACUUCUGCCAAAAUUCGCAUCCUCGACGAUCCUUUCGAAGAACGUAUAAUCCAAAUUGUCGCCGAUAACAAAACUCCGUUGGUUUCCAACAGCGCCGAUAACCCAAACGCCAAUGCCAAUGCAGAGCCAAAGAAAGAUUCCAGCGAAGAUGGAUGCAAAUCUGCGUCGGGAGGGGGAGGGGGAGGAGGAGGUACCGCUGGUGCUGGGGAAGAGGAAACGACUUCAUCUUGGUCGCCGUUACAGAAGGCAGUUAUUAGGGUUUUCGAGAGAAUAGUGAAAGGGGAUGCUGCUGAUGAUAAAGAAAGUGAAAAGGAAAGUGAAAAUCUAGUCGCUUGUUGCAGAAUGUUGCUGGCGUUUAAUCAAGCUGCGUGUUUAUUGGGAAGAGGGGGUUGGUUUUUGGAGAAGAUUGGGAAAGAAAAUGGGACUCAAAUUAGAGUUUUGACUAGAGAUCAGCUUCUACCGUGUGCUGCUCCAGGGGAUGAGCUACUUCAGAUAACAGGGAACUUUUCAGCUGUAAAGAAAGCCCUGUUCUCUAUUUCAAGUUUUCUUCAAGAAAAUAUUGCACAUUCUCAGCCGGACCAAUUUCCUCCAUGGGGUUAUCAAUCUGGUCAUCAUGGUGCAGAUUAUCAUUCAAGGGGUUACCCUCCGAAUCCAGGGCAUGAGAAUGCGGUAGCCCAUAACAGAGGAGGAUUGGAAGAGGAAGUGGUAUUUAAAUUGUUAUGCCAAGCUGACAAGGUUGGUAGUUUGAUAGGGAAAGGUGGUUCUGUGGUGCGGGCUAUGCAGAAUGACACUGGUGCAGCAAUCAAGAUUGCUGAUACUUCUCAUGAUUCAGAUGAGCGGAUUGUAGUGAUAUCUGCACGAGAGCAUGCAGAGCAAAGAUAUUCUCCAGCACAAGAUGCUGUUGUACGAGUGCAGUCCAGAAUUGCUGAGAUUGGAUUUGAACCAGGUGCUCCAAUUGUUGCUCGUCUUCUUGUACCUUCGCAGCAGGUUGGUUACUUGUUGGGUAAAGGUGGUCAUAUUGUAUCUGAAAUGAGAAGAGCUACUGGUGCUAAUAUACGGGUAUCUUCGAAAGAACAACUUUCAAAGUCUGCUGGACUCCAGAAUGAUGAAGUUGUACAGGUCAUUGGUAGUUUGCAGUCAGUUCAAGAUGCAUUGUUUCAUAUCACUGGCAGGCUUCGGGAGUCUAUACUCCCAAUGAAACCUCCCUUUCCAGGCAUUAAUCCCCCUCCCUACUUACCUCCUUACCCUGAAAUGCCACCUCCAUUAUUCAGGCCAAGACAUAACCAUGUCCCUCCAUGUCCCUAUCCUUCUCCAGGCGGACCUUUUCAUGGCAUUGACCCUUCUGUUGGUCCACCCCAACCACUCGAUCACCAACCACCAUUUUCGCAUGGCAUGGAUCACAUGGGUCCACAUAAUGUAGACCGCGGUCCGUAUUCCUAUGGUGGUGAUAGACAUGGACAUGGUCCCAUGUUUGAUGGACCAUCUUCUCCAGGAUCUUGGACUCCUCAGGCUGGAACACCGAGGGGAGUCUAUGAUGCCGGUCCUGGCUUUGUUGCUAGAAAUGGACGUCCAGGAAGUGGGAAUCAAGCACCCGUUUUGAGUAACACGAAGGUUGAGAUCGUGAUUCCUCAAAUAUACUUAUGCCAUGUUUAUGGGGAGAGUAAUAGUAACCUGGGCCAUAUCAGGCAGAUUUCUGGAGCAAAUUUGGUUAUUCAUGACCCGAAGCCAGUGACUACAAAGGGUUUAGUUGUUGUGCCGGGAACUUUGUAUCAGUUGCGGACAACUCAGACCCUUAUUCAAGCUUAUAUCCUUUGCGGACAAACUGCAACUUGAAGAUCUAUUCUUGUAUGUUGUAAAUAAACUCAUAAAACUUCAUUUUUUUCUUCUGUUUUCGUGGUAUAGGUCAUCUGCUAUAGGUUUUUGCUUAUGUGAGAAUUUCCUCUCUUUUUUUGCUUGUAGGGUUAAAAUUAGGUUGAGAAAAUGUAGAAGUCAUUGUUAUUUUAAAUGCUGAUUUCUAAUAUACUGUCUCUGACUCACCAUAACCAACUAGUUUUCAACCACUAUUUUAUUGCUUAAUGCUAAAGCAGCCAGGGAAAAGACAUUAACAUAUGGAAUUUACAUCCUUUUAGCUCAAAA